UCACAGUGUCACAAGAUCUCAGAAAAUAUAUAGCCCUGUUAGAGUCAGUAAAGUCCAGAGUGAAGAGGAAAAAAAAAAGAAAGAAGAAAUAACAGCUUUUAAAGUAGAAAAGAACACAAAGGCCCAACAGUUACCACUGAAGCACAGGUGAGAUCAUUCCUGUCCCACAAUCAAAAUGAGUUGGCUCUUCCUCACACGUCUACUGGAUGAAAUUUCCAAUCACUCAACCUUUGUGGGCAAAAUCUGGCUCACACUCCUCGUCGUCUUUCGGAUCGUGCUGACAGCUGUUGGUGGCGAUUCGAUCUACAGCGAUGAACAGAGUAAAUUUGUGUGCAACACAAAGCAACCUGGUUGUGAGAAUGUGUGCUAUGAUGCGUUUGCGCCACUUUCACACGUUCGCUUCUGGGUGUUUCAGGUGAUUAUGAUCACUACGCCCACCAUCUUGUACCUCGGUUUUGCCAUGCACAAGAUCGCCCGUAUGGACGAUGAUGACUACAGGUCCAGGGACAGGAAGAAGAUGCCCAUAGUGAGUCGUGGGGCCAACAGGGACUAUGAGGAAGCAGAGGAUAAUGGAGAGGAAGAUCACAUGACCCUAGACAUUGAGCCAGAGAAAGAAGUUGCAGAAAAGUCCAACAAAAAACACGACGGACGGCGUCGCAUCAAGAGGGACGGCCUGAUGAAGGUCUAUGUUUUUCAGCUGCUGUCACGUGCCAUCUUUGAGGCCUCCUUCCUGUUUGGGCAGUUUGUCCUUUAUGGGUUAGAAGUGGCACCUUCAUACAUCUGCACACGUGCUCCUUGCCCGCACACAGUGGACUGCUUCGUUUCACGUCCCACUGAGAAAACCAUCUUCCUGCUUAUCAUGUACGCUGUGAGUGCUCUGUGUCUGCUCUUUACUGUGUUGGAGAUCCUUCAUCUUGGCUUCAGUGGAAUUCGUGACUGCCUGUGCAUUCCCCGACCUCGUUCUCCCGCCCCUCGACACUCUGCUUCAGCCAGCCAGAGGCCUUCCAUCUGCCGCCAGCCCUCAGCCCCACCAGGUUACCACACAGCUCUGAAGAAGGACCCAUCAGGCAAGAUGGGCUUCAGGGAUAACCUUGGAGACUCUGGUCGCGAGUCCUUUGGGGACGAGGCCUCAUCACGGGAGCUGGAGAGGCUCCGCAGACACUUAAAACUGGCCCAGCAGCAUCUGGAUUUGGCAUACCAGAACAAGGAGAGCAGCCCAUCACGCAGCAGCAGCCCAGAGUCCAACGGCACUGCAGUGGAGCAGAACAGGCUGAACUUUGCCCAGGAGAAACAGAGCAGCGAUUAAAGGUCUUUAUGCACCAGCUUUCAACAGCUGGUCAGUUCAAAAGAACAGUGAAGACAAGAGAAUUUAGCAGGUG